AUCCAAAACUCUUGACGAAGCCGCUGGGACUCUAUCGAUUCGCUUGAUCCUGGGACUUCUUUGCAGUCAUGAUUCGGGUUUCUUUGCCCCUGUGUAUCUUACUGUUUGCGCUGCAAGCUAUUGCUGUGGUGAAGGCCAACUCUGGAGACAAGCUGAUAAGAAGAAAAAGAGUAUGGCUUCCCCCACCAAAAAAUCUGACAGAAAAUGUAGACUACACUAAAGAGCGCUCCGUUGCCUGGAUUCAUUCAGAUUAUGAUGAUGGCAAAGGGAAUAUUGACUACUCUCUAGAAGGCAUCGGUGCAAGCCAACAUCCCUUCCAUGUGUUUGUAGUCGACCCUAAAACUGGAAACGUUCGUGUUACCAAGGUGCUUGACAGAGAGCUCAUCGAUACGUACAAUCUGUCAGGUGUUGCUAAGUACAGGAAUGGCAUCCGAGCAGAGGACGACGUUCCCGUACGAUUUAAGGUUGUCGAUCAGAAUGAUAACGCUCCUGUAUUUGGAGUCAUCAAGCUGGGGGAGGUGAAUGAGCUCAGUGCUAAAGACACUUCAGUUAUGAAAAUAACUGCAACUGAUGCUGAUGAACCAGGGAAUAAGAACUCCAAGAUCGCCUACAGCAUCGUAAAUCAGAACCCACCUGAUGACAUGUUCUACAUGUCCAAGGAUGGGACCAUCUAUGUCAAAAAUUCUGCCCUGGACAGAGAGAGAGUGGAUCAGUACACUCUAACGGUGAAAGGUCAAGACUUAGACGGUGAACCAGGGGGACUGAGUGGAAUCACCACUGUUACUAUUAAUGUCAUAGAUGUGAAUGACAACCCUCCUACUCUGGAAAAAGAGAAGUAUGAGGGCAGCAUUGUGGAGAACACAGAUGGCAUCGAGGUGAUGAGGAUCAAAUCAAAUGACCUGGACCUGAAGGGCACAGACAACUGGGAAGUUGUGUAUGAUAUUGUGACAGGCAAUGAGGCCAGGUACUUCAGCAUUGUAACAGACCCCGAAACCAACGAGGGCAUUCUAAUGCUCGACAAGGCCGUGAAUUAUGAGGAUGUGAAGGACCUUGACCUAGGAAUAGCUGUGAGGAACAAGGCUCUACUAUAUGAUGGAACUGGGGGAAAUGCGGAAGUUGAUAUAACUGGGUCUGAAGGAUCAACGGGGCAAAUUGGAACCACACUUAAAACCUAUCCAAUCAAGAUCAGUGUGAUAAACCAGCCCGAGGGGCCAGCUUUUGACCCCGAGGUCAAAGCCAUUCCCAUAUCAGAGGGAGGCCAGCCCAUUGACAUCAACGAGGUUAUUGCCACCUACCCAGCAAAAGAUCAAGACACAGGAAAACAAGCUGACAAUGUCAGGUAUGCCAAGGGCUCAGAUCCUGCCAACUUGCUCACCAUCGACCCAGAAACAGCUGACAUCAAACUGAAAAAAAGGCCUGAUAGAGAAUCUUCAUACCUGGUCAAUGGGACAUAUUUUGCUGAAGUACUUUGCAUUUCAGAAGACAUGCCUGGUAAAACAUCCACCGGCACAAUAGCCAUCCAGGUAGAAGAUUUUAAUGACCACUGCCCCACCCUGACCAGUAACGUCGAGACUGUGUGUAUCCCACAUGAUGCUGUUUUUGUGAAUGCCAGAGAUGAUGAUUUAUUCCCCAACGGGCCACCUUUUGACUUUGUCAUCAUCCCAGAAGGCACUCAGGGCAAAUGGCAGGUGCAGCAUUUAAAUGAAACUACAGCUAUCCUGAGAGCCCAGGAGACCCUAUGGCCUGGUGUCUAUGAGGUGCAAUUUGUGGUGAAGGACCAGCAGGAACAGGCCUGUCCAGAACCACAGAAAGUCACAGUCCACGUUUGUGAAUGUGAAGAUGGGGUGGUGUGUAGGGAAGCCAGCAAAGGAGCAAAGUUAGGACCUGCAGGCAUCGGUCUGCUUUUCCUGGGCCUGCUGCUGUUACUGCUUCUUCUUCUGUUGCUGCUCUUCUGCCAAUGUGGGGGGGCUGCAGGGCUGCCAGGGGGCUUUGCUGAGUUGCCUUUUGACACCAAAUCACACCUCAUUAACUACCACACUGAGGGCCAGGGGGAGAACACGGAGGUGCCACUACUGAGCAUGCCAACGCAAGUGGACGGAAAUAUGGGCAACAUAACUAUGGGCAUGGCAAACAAUACUUCAGCAAUGCAAACUUUGGGAGGUUUGGAUUUCCAGAAAUCCGUCACUUCUAUGGAUGGGAUGAACGGGGCCGGCUAUCAAGGAGAUUUUACAACUGAAGGUAGAGAAGAAACAUUUGGGAUGAUGAACCAGCCGAGCGGCAGUGGCUUCUACUCUGAGUUUGAGAGCAGACAAACAGAAUUUUAUGAUGGCAUGGCUCUUCCAGACUAUUUCCUGGAUCAGUACUACACUCAGAAGGUGAACAGUGGAAACGAGAAUCUUGGAGCAAAGGACAACUAUUUGGUUUAUGACUAUGAGGGCCAGGGCUCUCCUGUUGGCUCAGUGGGCAGCUGCAGCCUCCUGGAGUCUGACAACGACCUGCAGUUCCUCGAUGACCUUGGGAUGAAGUUCAAGACCCUGGCUGAGUUGUGCGGAGGCAAGAAGAUCCUGACUGAAGUCAAACAAGAGUCCACUCCUCUGCCCAGUGCCUCCAUUAAUACCCAGACCUCAGUAUCAAGUUUGAUGGCUGCCCAGCAGCUGCCCACUCCAAAGCUGCCCACUCCACAGCUGUCCCCUCCACCCAAGCUGCAGCCCAGCAUCACCCAAACAGGGCAAACUCUGGUUAAAGAGACAUCUGCGCAUACUCAAAUUGUGAACGAAAGCUUUGCCACUUUGAGGGAAGGGAUGACUACAGUGAAAGAAGGGAUGGCAAAUCAAGGUCAGAUGCUCCUACUACAGCAGCAGCAGCCUAUCUACUACACCACCACCCCCGUACUGCAGCCAAUGCAAUACAUAGUCCAGCCACAGUUUCAGAACACCGUGCUUCUGGCUGAAGCACCAGCCACCAACCUGCAGGGCAUGGUACUGGUUAAUGGCACCCAGGCUGGACCUGCCCAAGGCAUGGUUGUUCAGGGACAGACAAUGAUGUCCAACGGACAUGCCCAAGGCCCCCACAUGGUGCUGGUGGAGGGGAGCAGGGCCAACCUGAUCCCCACUGGCAACAUCACUGGAGCCCAGACCAUGAUGGUGGUAGGGGACAAGGUCCCUUCAGGGUCAGUGAAAGGCCUGAAAGGGAGCCUUGUGCAGGGGGGCACCCUGCAGCCAGGAGGGCUUUCAGGAUCUCAGACAGUCCUGGUGGUCGGCAGUCCAACAAGCAGCGGAGGGCAGCUGGUCCAGGAGGCAAGAAGUCUGUCCCAAAUGAGUGACGUCUCUGGCUCUCGAAGCACC